GUUGCGGCGGACGUCGCUUCCGGAGCAGCAUGGCGGCCACUGAGGACGAGAAGCUAGUGGGGAGCGGUGACGGAGAGCGGCUGGAUUUCUUGCGGGAUCGGCACGUGCGGUUUUUCCAGCGCUGCCUCCAGGUUUUGCCGGAGCGCUAUUCUUCACUCGAGACAAGCAGGUUGACAAUUGCAUUUUUUGCACUCUCCGGGCUGGAUAUGUUGGAUUCCUUAGAUGUGGUGAACAAAGAUGAUAUAAUAGAGUGGAUUUACUCCCUGCAGGUCCUUCCCACAGAAGACAGAUCAAAUCUAAAUCGCUGUGGUUUCCGAGGCUCUUCAUACCUGGGUAUUCCAUUCAAUCCAUCAAAGACUCCUGGAACAGCUCAUCCUUAUGACAGUGGCCACAUUGCAAUGACCUACACUGGCCUUUCAUGCUUAGUUAUUCUUGGAGACGACUUAAGCCGAGUAAAUAAAGAAGCUUGCUUAGCAGGCUUGAGAGCCCUUCAGCUGGAAGAUGGGAGUUUUUGUGCAGUACCUGAAGGCAGUGAAAAUGACAUGCGAUUUGUGUACUGUGCUUCCUGUAUUUGCUAUAUGCUCAACAACUGGUCAGGCAUGGAUAUGAAAAAAGCCAUCACCUAUAUUAGAAGAAGUAUGUCCUAUGACAAUGGACUGGCACAGGGAGCUGGACUUGAAUCUCAUGGAGGAUCUACUUUUUGUGGCAUUGCCUCACUAUGUCUGAUGGGUAAACUAGAAGAAGUUUUUUCAGAAAAAGAAUUGAACAGGAUAAAGAGGUGGUGUAUAAUGAGGCAACAAAAUGGUUAUCAUGGAAGACCUAAUAAGCCUGUAGACACCUGUUACUCUUUUUGGGUGGGAGCAACUCUAAAGCUUCUAAAAAUUUUCCAAUAUACUAACUUUGAGAAAAAUAGAAAUUAUAUCUUAUCAACUCAAGAUCGCCUCGUAGGAGGAUUUGCCAAGUGGCCAGACAGUCAUCCAGAUGCUUUGCAUGCAUACUUUGGGAUCUGUGGCCUGUCACUAAUGGAGGAAAGUGGAAUUUGUAAAGUUCAUCCUGCUCUGAAUGUAAGCACACGGACUUCUGAACGCCUUCUAGAUCUCCAUCAAAGCUGGAAAACCAAGGACUCUAAACAAUGCUCAGAGAAUGUACAUAUCUCCACGUGACUGACUUUAAAUUGGGAGGGUGGAGGGAUUUGUAGCAUAACUGUAGCUUAAGUUUAAAAGCCAUGUAUAACCAAGUGUGCUCUUUUUUUAAAAGGUAGAGUCUUACAAUCAAAUCUCCUGCUGAUGUCACUUUGGGAUAUGGUGUUGAACCAGUAAUAUUUGUACUGGGUUUCAAGAAAAUCUUUGUUGACAUUUGAACCACAACUUUGUCGUGGUUCUUAAAUGUUUAUAUUGUAUUUCUAAGAAGUUGUUUGAGGCAAAUUAACUGUAUGUGCGUAGGUUAUCUUUUUAAAAACUCUUCAGUGCGAAUUGUAUCUUACUAUAAAAUGGACGCAAAUCUUCAAAACAAGUUUACACUUCAUAUAGCAUUGAUAAUCUUCAGGUGAACGCUUAGUGAUCAUUUGAAAAGCUCACUGUUGAUGGUAGAAAAUUUGCUUUAAUGAAUUAAGUAUCUGGGAUUAUUCUUUGAAAACAGAUGACCAUAAUUUUUUUUAAAGAAGAGUGACUUACUUUGUCUUAUUCUUAAGUAAAGUGUGCCAAUUAAACCUGUGUGGCCUAUAUAAAUGAAAUUAAUAACUAAAUAGUAAGAAUAAAUAGGUUUAACUAA